AAACGAGCGCACCCAGAGUCAGGCAGACCAUUUAAUCGACGAGGUGGGUUGUGCAGGGCGGGGUUUUAUUCCGAACCACCCAACUACUUGUGUGGCAACAUUGACAGCUAUCGUCUUCUAUUUCACUCGUCUAUCUUACCCAUUUAAACAUUUGACGGCGUCAGUCAUGGCUGCUACACAAUGUGUCACGAAGGUGGAACUAACUGUGACUUGUGAUCAUCUCCUGGAUAAAGAUAUCGGCUCCAAGUCCGACCCUCUGUGUGUGCUGCUGAUGAGCAGCAAGGAGGGCCAUUGGUAUGAGGUUGGUCGCACAGAGCAGGUCCAAAAUUGCCUAAGCCCCAAGUUUGCCAAGAAAUUUGUCGUGGACUACUACUUUGAGAUCGUGCAGAAGCUGCAGUUUGGCAUCUACGACAUUGACAACAAAACGGUGGACCUGAGUGACGAUGACUUCCUGGGACAGCUGGAGUGCACCAUGGGCCAGGUGGUGUCCAGCAGAAAGUUAACUAGACCGCUCAUCCUGAAGAACUCUACUCCAGCAGGGCGUGGCAGUAUCACGAUCAUGGCUGAAGAAAUAAAUGACAACAGAGUGGCCAAUUUUGAGGUGGAAGCUAGGAAACUGGAUAACAAGGAUUUCUUUGGAAAGUCUGACCCUUACUUGGAGUUUUACAAGCAGACAGAAACUGGGUGGCAGCUAGCUCACAGGACAGAGGUGGUGAACAACAACCUGAAUCCAACAUGGAAGCCCUUCCGUAUCCCGGUACAGUCGCUCUGUGGUGGAGACAUGGAGAAACCCAUAAAGGUGGAAUGUUACGACUACGACAACGACGGAUCACAUGACCUCAUCGGAUCCUGCGAGACCACGUUGAAACGCUUCCAGGAGGCGACUCGAUCCUCUCCGGCGGAGUUCGACUGCGUCAACAGCAAAAAGAAACAGAAGAAGAAGGGCUACAAAAACUCUGGCGUCAUCAGCGUGAAGCUUUGUGAGGUGAAGAAGGAGUACACCUUCUUGGAUUACAUCAUGGGAGGUUGUCAGCUCAACUUUACUGUCGCCAUCGACUUCACGGCGUCCAACGGUGACCCCCGAUCUCCGGAGUCACUCCACUACAUUAGCCCACAGGGGGUCAACCAGUACCUCACGGCCACAUGGUCCGUGGGCAACGUCAUCCAGGACUACGACAGUGACAAGAUGUUCCCUGCCUUUGGAUUUGGAGCUCAGGUUCCUCCCCAAUGGCAGGUUUCUCACCAGUUCCCUCUGAACUUCAACCCGUCUAACCCUUUCUGCUCCGGGGUGGCCGGGGUGGUGGAGGCCUACCGUGUGUGUCUGCCCCAGGUGAAGCUCUAUGGCCCCACCAACUUCUCCCCCGUCAUCAACCACGUGGCCUGCUUCGCCAAACAGGCCAUCCAGCAGACCACCGCAUCGCAAUACUUUGUGCUGCUCAUCAUCACCGACGGCGUGAUCACGGACAUGGACCAGACGCGCAACGCCAUCGUCAACGCCUCCCGCCUCCCCAUGUCCAUCAUCAUCAUCGGCGUGGGCGGAGCCGACUUCAGCGCCAUGGAGUUCCUGGACGGGGACGACGGGCGGCUGCGCUCUCAGACCGGCGAGUCGGCCAUGCGGGACAUCGUCCAGUUUGUCCCCUUCAGGGACUUCCAGAAUGCCCCGCCAGAGGCCCUGGCCCGGAGCGUGUUGGCUGAAGUCCCCGCGCAGGUGGUGGGCUUUUUCACCUCCACGGGCCUGAACCCACCCGCCGACAACAACAGCACCAACCCCACUCCGGCUCCCGUGGGGACGGUCUAAUGGUGCAUGAUGAGGGAGGGUUACAGGGGGAACUCGCCACUAGUCAACGUCCAGCACCUAAAGAAGUACCGUACGGACCGCAAGGUCCCUGAGUCAAACCUUCCCCUGACCCCAAGAGCGUGGCUCUAGAAGGGUAUCCGUACACACAUAACGUAGCUCGUUCUGCAAGCCUUCUGUGCCAAAUAUCGCCUGCCUGGCUCCCCUCUUGCCUGUGCACCAGUGAAAGUGACCAAGCACACUCUUACACUCCGCACUGAUGGAUAUGUUUGCUUUAGCCAAUCGGCAAAGGGAUUUUGCUCGCAUGCAUGUUUUAUCCAAUGUUAUCCCCUGUGUAUAUAUAGCAUUAUGUAUUCAACAUUUAUCUUUCACACAGCACAAUUUUCUAUUUUUUUAAUUGUUUAGUUUUUAAGAUUUUCUGUGUUCUGCGUCACAACUGUGCAUGUAUUAAACACCUGUAGGUCCAUAUAUUGUCUUAUAGUAUAUACAUGUGGGAGAUUGGUUCAUAGUCUAUGGGGAGUUUUGCAUAAAACACCUCAUUUUAUUAUUACCAAAGUAUUGUUUAGUGUGUUGUUUUUUUUACGUUAUUGGCCAAUUCUUUAACAUGUUUUGUAAUAUUCUGAGGCUUUUAUUGUUGCAGUGCCAUUUCUUUGCGUUCUUUGACAUGACUUCUCAGGAAUGUUUCAAUAAUCGCAAUCCAGGAAACUUAUGACAUAGUAUAAUUUCCAAAGAAGGGAGUAUCAUUUCCAGAGAAGAGUAGCCUCAAAGCAUCAUCAAGUCCAUUGUUGUUUAAAAUUCACUAUCCACUCCUUAACCCUAAUUCAACAUCAAGUGUAUUUCAUUGUUGAUCAUGCUUUUACAAUUGUAACUAAUGUGUAUCUCCUGCAUUAUCUUUCAUCGUUGACUGGAUUAUCAUGUUAUGAAAUGACACACCGGUUUAUAUUUACAUUGUAAUCAUUGAUGUUGAAAUAAAUGUAAGUAUCACACCAA